CUCCUGAUGAGGAAUACAGUGCUGUUCAAAAUUCGGAACCGGCAGUGUUGAAGACUGGCUGGGAGGGACUUUGAGGACGCUGAAGGCGGUUGCAGUGUUCUGCUGGUAGCACUUCUGACAAAACUUUUUGGAGGAGGAUUUGCUGACUUCAAAAGUGUGUCAUUAAAUGGUGAGGGUUAGCGCGCUGGAAAGUUUGUCCAGACUUGUGGAGCUCGUCGUGGGAAGUUGUUAUAUUUACGCAUGGCGCAGCACAGCAGAACAUUCGGAGUUGGACAUUGCAAGAAUGUUCAGAAACUUUGUGUCAAGUCCCUCAUUGGUCACGAUGCCUUUUUGCCUUUGUAAAAUAAACAACAACACGUAAUUUACUUCUUGGUGACAUGACGACGUGUGAUCUGGACCGCGGCUUUGCAGGCUGGACUUGAAAUUGAGCCCAUGUGAAAUGGUUUGGACUCGAACUCCAAACUGGGAGGACAACACUUGACAGAUGAUCGUAAGAACAAGCGUAGUCCAUCAUGAAGAUUCUGACUUUACUGUGCGCCGUGGUCGGGCUUUGGAGGUCCAGCGUGGCCAACAGAAACUGUCCGGACCUGAUCGUGGACAGCUGUCAGUGCUUAGCCGAGAGGUCCAAAGAGCUGAGCAGGCAGCACGUCCGUGUCAAAGUGGUGUGUGAUGAUGUGGAUCUAUUGGAGACACUGCACCCCAAUUUUUUACCCAACAGAACUUUCUCACUAAAUCUGAGUAACAACAAGAUCACUUUGCUGAGGAACAGCUCCUUCUAUGGCUUGGCAGCUCUGGAAAAACUGGGUCUGAGGAAUAAUCUGAUAAGCACAGUGGAGCCUUGGGCCUUCCGUGGUCUGCUGACUUUAAGGAGACUAGACCUGUCCAACAACAGGAUUGGUUGCCUCCACCCUGAAAUGUUUCUGGAUCUUGGCAAUCUUUUAAAAUUAAAUUUAUCUGGGAAUAUCUUCUCCACUUUGACAGUGGGACUCUUCACACACCUUGUGGCGCUCAGAGUAUUACACUUCAGUACAGAAACAUUAUUCUGUGACUGUCAGCUGAAGUGGCUUCUUCAGUGGGCUCAGAGCAAUUCAGUGAGGAUUGGCAAUGAGACGGUGUGCAUAUAUCCCACUCACCUCCAUGGACUAGAGUUCCGCAAUCUGCGUGGACAGCAGCUUACAUGUGAUGGCGCUCUGGAGAUGCCCGUCUUUCAUUUGAUCCCAUCGCAAAGGCAGCUGGUUUUCCAGGGAGACCGUCUGCCCAUUCAAUGCACUGUCACUUACUUGGACCCUUCAUUUGAGCUGCAGUGGCAUCACAAUGGCCAGACUGUGCCCACUCAAGAGGACCGCGGUGUUUAUGUGGAGGACACCUUGCUUCAUGACUGUUGUCUGCUUACAAGUGAAGUCAUCCUUGCCAACAUCAACGUGGGACUUGCUGGCACCUGGGAGUGUCUGGUGACAAGUUCUCGAGGCAACAGUUCUCGGCAGAUGGAAAUAGUUGUCUUGGAGAUGUCUGCGCCAUACUGCUCUGCUGACCGAGUCACCAACAACAAGGGGGAGUUCAGGUGGCCAAAAACUCUAGCAGGAAUCCUGGCCUUCUUACCUUGUGCUCCAGCCACCUUUGGUUCUGCCCCUCAUCCUGUGGGCAGUGCUCCUCAUGCCUCCAGCCAUAAGGAGAAAAAGGCAUGGCGUCGCUGUGACCGGACUGGACGGUGGCAUGAAGAAGACUACACUCAGUGCCCUUAUGCCAGUGAAUUCACACGUGUGCUACAUGAGCUCACCCAGAUAACCGUCAACCUUACCAAUGCUCAGACUUUGGCCCAGCAAUUAGUCACCUUCACCAGCCGGGCAGCUCACUUUACUGAUGUCAUGGAUGUCAUUUUUGUGACACAUCUAGUGGAGAGACUGAGCAGGCUUGUGAAGAAGCACAAGGAACUGGGAGACUAUAUUUCAGAGAUAGCUAGCAACAUGAUGCUUGUAGAGGAGCAUAUCUUGUGGAUGGCCCAGAACGAAGCAAGAGCAUGCACUCGGAUCGUUCAGUGUGUGGAGCGCAUCGCUGACCUGGCACUGACUGGAGACAAUCAGGCUAUUUCAAAGGUGUCUGCUAACAUAGCUCUGGAGGCCUUUCUGAUCCGACCAUCCAACUUUCUUGGUCUUUCUUGCACGGCUCUCCAACAGCCUCCAUUGUCUCCAACAUCACCCCUACUGGAAAGCCAUACCACAAAGGAUAAGGAUACAAGCAGAGAACAUGACACCAUGGGCGAAUCGUUCCUCAACUUUAAAUGUGAUAAAAUCAAUCGAGGCUCACCAGCCACUCAUCUCCGCAUGAACUCGGUGGCAGUCGCCUCCAUCCAUUUACCUCUGGCUGCUGCGCACACCUCCUCCACUGCCUUGCAAUCUGUUGAUAACUCCACUUGCAGGCUGCAGUUCAUCGUCUUCCGCAAUGGCAAACUCUUCCCGUGCACGGGUAAUUCGUCCAAUCUCGCGGACGAUGGGAAGCGCAGGAGCGUGUCAACACCAGUUGCUUUCACCAAAUUAGAUGGCUGCAGCCUGGGUAGCGCUGCGCACUCCGUCACUAUUGCGCUCAGGCACUUCGCACUCGGGGUAGAACCCACCGCAGCCUAUUGGGACUUUGACCUGCUGGGUGGACAUGGUGGCUGGAGGGCAGAGGGCUGCCACAUAACAGGCUCCGGUGGAAACACGACCACCAUUCACUGCACCCAUCUUAAUAACUUUGCCGUGCUCAUGGAUCUGAAGAAGGUGCUCUCUUUCCCCCCAUACCCAGGGGAGUUUUUGCACCCGGUCGUGUAUGCCUGCACGGCGGUCAUGUUGCUCUGCCUCUUUGCCUCCAUCAUCACAUAUAUAGUUCAUCACAGUGCAAUCCGCAUCAGUCGGAAGGGAUGGCAUAUACUUCUCAACUUCUGCUUCCAUACGGCUCUGACCUUCGCUGUGUUUGCCGGCGGCAUCAAUCGAAUAAAAUAUCCCAUCGUAUGUCAAGCAGUCGGGUUCGUGUUACACUACUCAUCUUUAGCAACCAUGCUCUGGCUUGGGGUGACAGCGAGGAACAUUUAUAAGAUGGUGACGAAGAAGCCUCCACAAAGCCAAGAUGGUGACCCACCUAGGCCCCCAAAACAGCCACUGUUGAGAUUUUAUUUAAUCAGUGGUGGCGUGCCCCUCAUCAUCUGUGGGGUCACUGCAGCUGUCAGUCUUGACAACUAUGGCAGUGGGGAGCAAGCACCAUACUGUUGGAUGGCCUGGGAGCCAAGUCUGGGAGCUUUCUUUGGCCCAGUAGCCCUCAUCGUCCUGGUGACAUGCAUCUACUUCCUCUCCACCUUUAUUCAGCUGCGGCGGCACCGUGAAAAGAAGUACGAGCUUAAGCAGUUGACAGAAGAGCAGCAAAGGCUGGCUGCCAUUGAUGUGCCAACUCAUUGCCAGCAGGGAGCUGAGCCCGGAGCCCUGACCCCCCAGCCUACCGGGAGCCACUGCCCUGCUGGUUGUCCAGGCGUCCCAGUUAAUCCUGCCCUACUGGCCAAUGAGCACUCCUUCAAGGCCCAAUUACGCACAGCGGCCUUCACGCUUUUCCUGUUCCUGGCAACAUGGACUUUUGGGGCACUAGCUGUGUCACAGGGUCAUUUCCUGGACAUGAUCUUCAGUUGCCUGUAUGGUGCCUUUUCUGUCACGCUUGGCCUCUUCAUCCUCAUCCAUCACUGUGCCAAACGGGACGAUGUCUGGCAUUGCUGGUGUUCUUGUUGUCCUGGGGGGCGGGCCAAGACCUGCUCUGGUGCCCAUGGGUCGGGCCAAGUGCCACCGAAAGUCAACGUAAAUGGAGAUACUCCUUCGCAUGGCCAUAGUCAUAGUCACUGCCACCAUGAUUCCCCAUGUAAACCACUGAUGAGCUGUAGUCAUGGCAGUGUAAGUCACUGUAAGCACGCUGCCCUUCCAUCAUCACAAAAUCAUGUCACUUGCUUGACACCUGUAACUCCAUGUUGCGCGGCCCUGCAUAGCCAGCAGUUAAUGGAGGAGGAACCUACUGCUACGCAUGUACUGCUUCAUGCUGAUCCAGAGGGUUACCGGCCGGGCAUCCAGUUGCACCCCUGUUUGAAGAGCAGCAGCAGGACUAAAGGCCGCCAUUUCAGCCUCAGGUCCGGCACCAGCGUUUGUGGCGUGGGGAGUGAGAGGGAAUACGCCUAUCAUAUCCCCUCUACUGUUGAUGGAGGGAGUGUGCACAGCUCACACACUGACAGCCCACACAGCACCCAUGAGCGUCACAUCCACACUUGUCCACAUCAGGUCCAGGAGGGCAUCCAUGAGGGGCAUCAUACCUGCCACACGGCAGGAGCAAUUGCCCAUGAGACCCUUACAUGUCACAAUCCCUGCCACCGGCAUAUGUGCUGCACCAAGGCGGACAUUUUCCCUUCUCUGUGCCAAGCUGAGGCAGCCAACGCAGGCGUGUUCUUGUGCGGGUGCAGCAAAGCUGCGGAGGAGGAGCCAAUUACGCAUCACCAUUUGGAAAUGCACGGCCCCCGCAGACAAUCUUACCCCCAGAAUCCACCCAAUCAGAAUGGGAUUCUUAAGGCUGGCUUGAAUGAGGGACUACUUUACAGCUCAGACAGUACAGGGAAUAUACGUACUGGACCCUGGAAGAAUGAAACGACUGUGUAGUCUGGAAUGUAUCAGGGCGGCACCCCCACUUCAUGCCAUCCAAAAAAAAAAAAAAAAAGGAAAAAAAAAAACUUGCCCCCAGAUUAUAAACCUUUUAAACAUCCCAAUGAGUGUGGGAUAAUGUCCUCAUAUUUGUAUGUAUGAGCUUUUACUGGACAGAAAUAUAAUACAUAUAAAGUUCUCAUCAAAGAACAUCCAUUCACAAAAAAAUCAAUUCCAUCAAAAUAAAUAUAUGAUCAAGUCAGAAGAGACAAUUGAACAACAAUAUUCCCACUUUUUUAUGACUACAGAUUUCGUUAUGUAUAAAAGAAUUUGAAUGACUGGAUGUGUGGAUAUGUGUGUUAGUGCUCAAAGGCAACAAGCUCCAAGAUUUUGUUUUACCCAUUGAAACAUGAAACCAUCAACUGAUAAAAUUAAGCAAAACUUUGAAGAACUACAUCCAUGUUUUAGACAAGCAAACCAGCAAUUUUAGAUUUCUUAUUUCUUUGCGAUUCAGUCAAACAGCUGUGAAUAUGAACAAGACCUAUUCUGAAUAACCCAGCAAUCAUCUUGCUUGGCUUUUAAGCGCUAUUCAUCCAAGACAGAAGUAAAAAAAAAAAAAAAAGUAUAAUUCAAAAAUGCUUUUUCAGGUUGGCAUUGACUUUGCUUUCUGUAUAAUGUCACUUCUUUUUUCUUCUGGACAGAAGUGAUCAGCAACAGUAUCACGACACUGUGAUUAGAGUUCAUCUUACUGAGUUCCUGGAUCUAGGAAGUCACCCACCUGUGAGGAGAUAGAAACCUAGAAAGACACAUGGAAACUUUAUUCAUCCACAACAAAAAAGCAGUGGUGCCUUGAAAUACGAGUUUAAUUUGUUCAGUGACUCAAAACACAUCUCAAAUAAUUUUUCACGUGAGUUGUCAUGAUUAUGAGAAAAUAUUAUGCAUCAGCCAACAACUACAUGGGAGGAGCUUGUUAAUGAUCUAAGGGGAGCACCAAGGAAAGGGAUCACAGUCAUCCCCCCAAAAAUAUUGAAAAACACUGCCAAAAUCGAUUAAAAUGAUGCAGCGCCUCUAAGGUGCCUCUGCUUAAGAUAGCACGAUAUGCUCCGUCCAAAGUUCGCCAACAAACACUAAUAAUUCAGAGAAUUAUUGCGAGAAGGUGAUUUGGUCAGGUGAGACAAAAAAUGAGUUGUAUGGAGUCCAUUUGACUUGCUGUGUAUGGAGAAAUAUGAAUUCAGACUAUGACCCCAAGAAGAGCAUACCACCAUCAAGCAUGGAGGUAGACACAUACUGUAUUACUUUGGAUGUGUUUGUCUUGUAAAGCAGACAGGUCAACUACAACACAUCAAGGAAAAUAUGGAUUUAGCCUUGUACAAUGAAAUCUUGGUUUACAACCUCCCUCUCGCAGCCAGAGAAGUUAAGAUGGGUCGUGGUCCGAAAUUGUGUGCAAACCUGGUGAUCAACCACAUGAAAUGCCAUAUCCCUGCACUGGCCAAUAAGGGGCACCUUAUACCAAGUAAUGUUUUAAGAAAGUCAUUGAGGGAUCAAAUAAUUAUUUCCACCACUGUGUGUGAUCCAUCUACAUGUGUUGGGCCAGUCUUUCUAUUAAAAUAUCCAUCGCUUAUAAGGUUUCAACAUCGUGACACAGAUGCAACUGGUUCACUGCCACCAUAUUACAGUGCUUGUAUCUCAAGUGUUUUCUCACAAGUCAAACCAAACAAGUCAAACUCAUCUCAAGGCAUCCCUGUAAAUUUUCCCAGCAGUCUCCACAAAGAAAACAACAAAAAAAUGACUGCAGUAAUCCCUCACUAUCGCAUUUCACAUAUUGUUGAUUCCGUGUUUCACAUAUGUCAGUAGAAGGCACAUCUCUGAUUCAGUUACCUUUAUUGGCUAUGAUUCUAAAGUAGAAGCAACAACUCCUUUCAAGGUAAAUAUUUAUUUCAUCUUAUUUUUAGCAGAAAAAGAAUCCUUAAUGAGUCAUCUCAACUCAUACAUUUGGUAAAUCACCAAAUUACUUGAGGAUACAAAAUGAUGACAUGACCAAAAAGCUGCUUUUUAAGAUGCAACCCACAGUCAAUAGUUUUAUGAACUAAAUUCACAACUACUAACCUUACCCGAAUGUGCACAAUCAUGACUGUAUCAACAGCAACAAAUGCAAGUAAAGAGCAACAUUUACCUUGGCUUUUUUUCCAAGUACAGUAUUGUAGUUAAAAACAUCACUAUAAUAAAAUCUGGAUUCCCACAAUGCUUUUUGUUUACUACAUUGCCUGGAACUUGAGUGUGAGUAAUGGUGCAAAUUUUAAAGGCAGGAAAUCGCCUGCUUACACCAAGUCUGCAUUGGCUGCUUUUCACAUCACACGAGCAGAACCUUUUGACACCUGCUGCUGUAGAGUCUGUGGAUGGUGACACCAAGUGGAGAAAUCAAAUACCUGAACCUCUCUAAAGUAUCGCAUAUUGGCUUAGAAUUACAUAUAAGAAACGUAAAUUUAUAUGAUGUGAAAUAAUAUGGGUGCCAUUUUGGCACAGCUGUUGAGUGUUGGCGUCACAGUUCUGAGGAUUGGGGUUCAAAUCCUGGCCCAGCCUGUGUGGAGUUUGCAUGUUCUCCCCGUGCCUGCAUGGGUUUUCUCCGGGCACUCUGGUUUCCUCCCACAUCCUAAAAAACAUGCAUUCAUUGGACACUCUAAAUUGCCCCUAGGUGUGAUUGUGAGUGUGACUGUUAUCUGUCUCCAUGUCCUGCAAUUGGCUGGCAACCAGUUCAGGGUGUAUCCUGCCUCCUACUCGAUGACAGCUGGGAUAGGCUCCAGCACUCCCGUGACCCUCGUGAGGAUAAGCGCCUCAGAAAAUGGAUGGAUUGAAGAAAUAUUUUGUCACAACACUUCAAGAAAUGGUAAAAUUUAAACAUAUGUUAGUCAACAUGUAUUUUUUUUAAUAUACAAAUUAAUUUAAAGUCAGAAUUCCAGUCGGUUUGACAGUCCAGAAAAUAGUAUUUGGUGAUCAGUAUUGAAGAUACUGAAGGAAUAUGAUAGCCUUUCCCUACGAGGGUGGAAUUAAAAAUCCACAUGGCACAAGUAAGGAAGCAUUUCCUGAGUCUGUCUGGAGCAGAGCAGCCUGUUACUAAAGCUGCUGCUCUGCCUGGAGAUGCCACUGGGCAGUGAAUGCAUUGGACUGACCAUGGUGGACAGAAGCUUGGUCAGCAUCCACCCUUCUGCCGCUGAUAUCCUGCUGUCCAACUCUUAACAUCUUUGUAUACAUGAGUUGUCACAAUGUAAUUAAUAUACCAUCUAACAUUGUGGAUUAAGUCUUAUCAAAACACACAUAUUGAGCAUUGUUUCCAUUUUGUCUAUUUUGCUGUCUUUCAUCUUCAUUAUAAAAUCCCAAAGCAAGCAUUUUCUGUUUUAUGCAACCAUUACUCACUUCUCUAACAUUGUCCACCCAUGAGUAUUUGAUUUGCCUUUGACCCAAAAAGACUGCUGCAGUUCAUUAUCAAUUCUGUUAAAGACUUCGAUCAAGCAUGCUCAAGCAAACAUAAUUCAUGUAGACAUUAGUUACAGAUUUGCUCAAUGAAAUCAGUAUCAAAUUUCAGACCUUUUGGGUUUAGAACUUGUUACGAAGGAUUAGUAUGUAUGUAUGUACGUAGUAUGCUGAAGAGAAGCUGUGUACCAAGUGAACGUGCAUGUUUCUCUUAAUGAAUCGUGGGCUUUUGAGGUCUCUAAACACCAGUUAGACAUUUCAUCAGAUGUUUUCUUUUCUUUUUUAAUGCAUAUAAUCCGCAUAUAGACCGCAAACCCUGUUCUUGCAAAACCACCUUGGCAUCCACAUCAAGUCUUUUUCCAUUAUGUCCACUCUUGUCUGUGUGAAUAAAAAUGGUUGCAGAUUUUUUAGUUUUCUAUCAGAUUUAGAAUAUUUAUAAAUACAACAAUUCUAUAUAUAUAAAGUAAUGGGAAAAUACUGAACUAAAUUUUAAUACUCAGUAUCUGAGUUUAGAAAUGUCUUGUUUUCUAAUGCCUUUUAAUGUGUUGUAAAUUUUGUCACCAUCAACAUAACUAUGUAGGUUCUUCAUGUGACAUGAUACUUGUUCCUGAUAUAAGAGAAAUAGAAAUGCACUACCCAAGCUCAUAUUUGGCAUGUCUAAAUGACAUUUGUUGCAGUUUCUGUGUGAAUGUCUGUCUGGGCAGGUGUAAUCGAGAUUAAAAAAUAAAAAAGUGACCUCAGUAGAAACAAGAGGAGAGAAGAAAUCCUCCGAUGCUGAAUGAUGUUUUCUUUUUAAUGGUCAAACCUCUGUUGUAGGAAUAGACAAUGCAUGAAUCUCCCUCUCCACAAUGUCAUAGGAUUUCUUUAACGGUCUUGGACAAAAUUAUAGGCAGAAUUUGAGUGUUAAAACAUUGGCCCACAACCUUGGGCUCACUGAGGUGCUGGUAGCCAGUCACUCUAUUGAUUUGUUAAAUUAUGAAUCAUGUACGUGUGUGUGUGUUUUGACACACACAUGUAACAAUAUAAAUAGAAUAUGCGUAGACAUUAAUAAAAAGAAAUUUAAAACCUACUUCUUUGGCAAAACACAUUUAUCUAAGUAAUCAGUGAUCUCGCUAAAUUGCUGUAGAACUACAGUAUAUUUACUAAGUGUUUUGUUUCAAUGUGUUUGAUGUCAUAGUGCCACUGUAGAACACUCUAUCUCUAUUGUCAGCAGUAGCAGGUGUGCUGUCCCAAAUGAGCAUGACGGCUUAGUUUCGGGUCACAUGACGGCUGCCUGAAAACUGACCAGUGGUACUGUGACCAAACCCAAAGCCAGUUUUCACAUUUUUCUACACUGACACAGA